AUUUUAUAGAUUUAGUCUUGAUAAACUUUAUGAAAUAGUUACUAAAAUACAAAAUGAUAAAUGGGACGAUGAUACUAUUGAAAAGCCAUUUAUUCCCAAUUCAUUAUUAGAAAUUAUUGGCAAAACUGAGUUAAAAGAUAAAUCUUCAAAACUAGUUAUUAAAGAAGAGGAAAUUCAAAGAUUAAUCCAAGAAUUAAAAAAUAUUGUUGAAAAAGAGACAGAUUAA